AAUGAUACUGUUGGCUGUAUGACACGAACUGUGGUUGCCUUUGUUGUUUGCUAGAAAAAAAGUAACUAAAUAAAUGACAGACUGCAUCUGUCACAAAAACGCGCGUUUAUUGUUUGUUGUGGAAUCAUGUUUUCGUGAAUAUUUAUCGAAAAAAUAAGCAAAGAAUCUCUCAAAAUGACUAAAACAGUGCGUGAGUUGCUCCAAAAUGGGGCUUCGUACGAUGAAACCGAUCGUAUGCCGGACAAAAUAACCAUAACAAACUUGGAUCUCUUCAUGUACAUGGUAGCAAUAAUUGGUCAUUUUGUGGACUUGGGGCUGGAUAUAAACGUUGCUGUGAGGUAUUCUAUAGCCAGGAAGAUGACGGAGUUCGGGUGGACACUGGCGUUCAUCCUCGUGCCCGCUUUCAUUAAUACAGCAGUGUCUAUCCGAAUGUACUCUUUGGAUAAGAAGCAAGAUUCAUUAACGAAUGAGUUCACAAAGCGCAAGUGGCUGCGGAUCUUCAUCUUAGUUUUACAAAUGGCACCCAUUCUGCGGUUUACUGAUGCACUCAUCUACGCAAUAAAGUCCCGUCGCGCGGAACGCAAGCACGACACAGCGAACCAGCGUGUAUACUACAGCCUGAUGCUGAAGGAGGACUCGGACGCCGCCCUGCUGCGCAUCUUCGAGUGCUUCCUCGAGGCUGCGCCGCAGCAGGUGCUGCAGACCAGCCUGCUGCUCAGAGCCAACCCUCAGUUCACUGUUCACCAGCUGCUAUCGAUCGCGUCAUCCAUCAUAGGCAUGGGCUGGUGCCUGGCCGCAUACCAGCGAGCCGUCCGCUUCUACCAGCAGGACAAGUACAACAUGAGCUGGACUGGCACCGCUCUGCAGACUGUCUGGCACUUCCUCGUCACUUUGAGCCGUAUAAUCUCAAUCUCAGUGAUCGCCUACCUGUAUCCUCACUGGACGAUCCUGGCCUGCGCCAUCCACAUCCUCGUCACCGCCACGCUCAUACAGAUCUUCGACCGUUCUCCCUUCUGCUCGCACAACCGCCUCGCAGACAUAGCGUUCUCUUUCGCACUCGGCGGCGUCUACCUCUUCACAUACAUUCUUCCCGUAGAAGGUAAAACGCGAUACAGAUAUGCUAUAUACUACAGCAUAUGUUUCAUACAAAAUGUCGUAUGUGGCGCCAUCUGGUACACAUAUGUAACUGAUGAAAUGAGACAAUCUUUUUACUUCUUCCCGAUUCUAGCGUUUACUGUAGUUCCUUACGUUGUGGGCUUAGUAAUAAUGGUGAUAUAUUACAGGUUCUUCCAUCCUAAGAUAAGUAAGCGUGGGUUAAGUGUGACUUUUGUUAACGAUAGGGUACCGGCUGGUGUUAGUUAAUGUUGAUGGAAAGUUAUAAUGAAAUACUUAAUUAAUUGUUGCCUUGAGAUUGUUGUAGUAACGUUACAUAUCAAUUUGGUUCAUGCCUAAUAAUAGGGCACUGAUUUGUGUUUGUUUUCCUCACAAAACGAUUUUUCUGUAAGGAUGUAUUUCAGGAACUUGUUGUUCCACGUUUCUAGUAAAAUAAAGUAUAUUUAAAAAUACUUAAUUUUAUCAUGGUGGUAAAAAUAAUAACGCAUAAUACGUGGUAUACAGAAGAUAUUUAUACCGACGCAAGUACGUAACUACUAUUCAGUUUAAUUGUACACUCCAUGUGGUAACUAUUCCAUGUCCAAAAUGUGUUCUGUGAACAAUGAUUAUUUUUAAUUUACUAGUGCUCGAUUUAGAACAAUAUAUUUAAUUAUUAAGCAAUAUUACGUACUUUUACAACUUUUUACUGCAUAGUAGGUUAAUUUAAGAUGGUGAUAAAUAAUGUAUUAAAUAGUAUUCUGAUUGUAAGAGUUACCUUUAGUAAUUUGGAUCUAGAAAGAAUAGUUUUUAUGCAUAUCUUUGUGGAUGCUCAAUGAAAAUCCAUAUGGGUGCUCCAAAGACUGUCUAGUUAUAAGUAUUUUAUGAACUUUCCAUUUUAAAAUAAUAAUUAGCCAAGUUUAUAACCAUUUUGGUACCAAGUAGAUAUUUUUGUACUUAAUACUUAUGAAAAAUUUUCAGUGAAUCUCGAACAAUACUCCCCAAAUGUUUACAGUUUUACUCCCAGUACAUAAUAUAUUUUUAAUAAAUUAUUUUAUAUAAA